UACGAGUCUUAUCAAACGCGCCUUCACGGUCGUCUGCAAGAGCUGCUUUCUCGGGACAUAAAUAUUAUAAUCCAGCGCCUGGACCGCGUCUCCUGAAGGAUCAUGACAAAGCGUUUCGACCAUUACUCAUUCUGAGCGUGUCGCAUCUAAUCUCUGGUCUCCAUUUUCACGACCAUUAGGACUAACGAUUGGCCACUGCGCAGGUAAUUAUCGCUCCCCAGAGGGUUUUAUGGACUAGAGAUGCGAACCACGUGUGGGCACCAAGUAAACCGCCUUAUCGGAAGUGCCAGAUAAUCGUCGGGGACACAGUUCGGACAAAAAUGGCGGUCGGCCGGGAACUUUUCAACGUUCGCCCUCGUGCUGUUCUGUGUGUCGGUCUCCUCGUAUCGUUAGCUUCUGGAUUCAACGUGGACACGCAAGCACCGAUCGUGAAAAGGGGAGAGGAAGGCAGUUUGUUUGGUUUCUCUGUGGCUUUACAUCGAGUAGAUGCAGACAACAGCAGUACAACACUAUUUCUUGUAGGAGCGCCCCAAGCGAAGUACUUUGGCGAACCGUUUUCUCCUGCAACAGGGAUGGUGUACACAUGCCCGGUUUCCACCUUCAGCGAAGACUGCAAGCCUCUUGAUAUUGACUAUGCAAUCCCCCAGCCUAUUGAAAGUUUAGCAGGUCGCUGGCUUGGUGUGACGCUACAGAGUGCAGGACCAGGGAGACAUGUCUUGGUGUGUGCCCCACGGUUCACUCGCUGGGCGGGGAACGAUCCCUCGGUGAAGUCCUUCAGUCGGAGCGGCCAGGCCCGGCUGGUCGGGAGGUGCUACCACCUGCGAGCCGACCUCUCCCUGGUGGACGCAGGAGACGCGGGGCCGGGGAUGUGGGAACCGUGCGAGAUGUUCUCAGGGUCGUCCAGCGGGUCCCGACACUGUCUGUCCGGGACAGGGGCCAGCAUUUUCCAGAAUAGCAAUGACGAUAGAGUUGACUUAGCCAUGGGAACUCCUACUGUUUAUUAUAGCCAAGGGGGCAUGGUGUUUGUGCGGCACAAGGGAGACCCUGAUUCCUUGGCGUCCUUGGAGCUGGAGAAUGCACCCAGCAUCUACAGUACGGAGGAGCAAGACAGGGGAGGGGAGGAUGGAUAUUUAGGUUUCUCUGUGACUGUGAUGGACACUACACAGGGAGUGAAGUUUGUGGCAGGGGCACCAAGGGCUGCUGGGGGCAAAGGUGCUGUUGUUGUGUACAGGUGGCAUAAUGAGACAUCUGAAUGGAAGACGCAGACAAUGAUAGAAGGCCAGCAGCUGGCAUCUGGGUUUGGGUACGCCUUAUGCAAUGCUGAUGUCACUGGAGACAGUGUUCCAGACCUCAUAGUUGCAGCUCCAUUCUACUUCAACACUGAGGGUGAUCAGGGUGGUGCUAUUUAUGUAUACAAGACUUCAAUGUCUGGGAAUCAGCUGUUUGAAGGGGAACCUUUAGCUGUCAAGUAUGGCAGCCGACAUUCUCACUUUGGCCUGGCAGUGACAAAUGCCGGGGACCUGAACAAGGAUGGCUUCCAAGAUAUUGCUGUUGGAGCCCCUUACGAGGGAGAAGGAGGUGUAGUCUACAUCAUCCAGGGCAGUGCAAAUGGACUCAGCACUGAACAUAUCCAGAGGAUUGACGGCUCAUCACUGCCUGGAGACCUUGGGCUGACGACGUUUGGAUUCAGCCUGUCUGGAGGGCUUGAUGUGGAUGGAAACAGUUAUCCUGACCUGCUUGUCGGAGCUUUUCAAUCUGAUACUGUUGUCUCACUCAGGUCCCGCCCUAUUAUAUAUGUCGAGCCAAGGCUAAGAGUGAACCCUCCUGUGUUGGACACAGAGAUGGUGCUCCCAGGGUGUGCCAUGCGCAACGGACGCAAAGUGCCAUGUUUUGAAGUUGAAAUGAUUUUUCAACGGACAGCCACGGGAGAUGAGGCAGUUGAUAACAGACGCUUCCGCGUGGCCAUCAUGCUGGAACUAGACAAGCCAUACAGGGAGAGGACUGGUCAGAUGAGGGUGUUCUUCCCUGGAGCCAGGAAACACGUCCUGCAGCGGUCCAUUCGCUUACCCACUGCCUCAGGCAAGGCAAAGGCAGUCAGAGUCAAGGCUUACAUAAAGGAAGGUGUGACAGACCUCAGUCCUAUACAAGUGACUCUGGACUACAAGCUCAACGUCCCCAGCCAAUCCAACACCAGCACUGGUGUGCCUCCUACCUUCAACACAUACCCUGUGCUGCAUCCAAGUUCUAACACAAGUGUGGAAUUGGAGCUUAGAAUUGCGGAAGACAAAAGUGAGGGAUUUUAUGUCCGUGGUACCAGUGUGCCAGAGAACCUGUACAUCAGUCCUGGAGCAGGGCCAAUUGAUUUCCAGUUCUUUUACCAGGAUGGCGAGGCAGAGGUCUCUUGUAAACAGGAAACAGAUGACCCAAUACUUUCAUCUGAUUGGUCAGGAAAAGCUGACAUCAUUGGAGCAACUCAGACCAAUUGGAACCUGGUUGAGGAGGUAUGCAUUGAUGGGGCAGCCAGCUGGCACAUAUACAGCUGCACCAUCGGACGACUUGCAGCCGGAGAUCAAGUCCUCAUUAAUGUGGGAGGAAAUGCAACGGGCAGUGUAGCUCUGAAGGCAUCUGUUUCUCUGUUGAUAGAGGCAACAGUCAAAACUUUAAGUGUGCGAGAGAAGCGUGAUACACCCAGUAUCUGGAGCCCAAUGCCAGGGGAAGACAUGGAAGAGUUUGGCUCCCGACUCUGUCAGCAGCUCGGGUCUGGCAACUGCUCUGACUGUCUGCAAACUGCCUUCUGGUGUGGCUGGUGUUCUGAACAGGAGUUCUCGGGUUCUCGCUGUGACAUGGUUCAUCGGCUGACGGACAGAGGAUGCCCAAGGGAUGAUGUCAUGAGCCCAAGGAGUCAGACAUUGAUCACCAGGAAUGAACCUGAUCCUCCAGACAAAAAAUUUCUUUUUUUCCGGCCUCAAGAGGCCACCAUGCAGAUGAGGCCAGGAAGGAGCAUGCCGCUGUAUUUUGAGGUGCUGCCCCCUCCACCUCCUGUGGUCAAGGCCAUUGACUUGUAUAUACUCAUGGACCUGUCCAAAUCUAUGGCUGAUGAUCUCUUCUUGCUCUGGGACUCCUUAGACAAACUCGUCCAGACAGUCUUACAAGGAGAGAAGCAUGUACGGCUUGGGUUUGGAACAUUCGUGGACAAGACGGUUCUUCCAUUCACAAACACAUUCAACCUGGAGGAGCCCUGCAAAGGGUGUGCACCGGCCUUCAGCUUCCGUCAUGUGCAGGUACUAACAGAUGACUUCAGCCAGUUCAGCCACAGUGUCACAGAACAGGAAAUAUCUGGUAACAUUGAUGCAGCAGAAGGCUUGCUGGAUGCCUUGAUGCAAGCCACUGUCUGCCAGGAGCAGAUUGGCUGGAGGGAGGAUGCGGCACGGGUGAUCCUUGUGCUGACAGACGCUCCGUUCCACUGGGCAGGAGACGGCAGGCUGGGGGGCAUCGUACAGCCUAACGACGGGCUGUGCCAUAUGGACCAGAAUGGGGAGGAUGCUGAGUCAACAAAACAGGACUAUCCUACAGUGGCCCUGUUAAAAGACAGGAUGUUCGCCCAUAGAGUGACACCAUUAUUUGCAGUAACUCCUCAGAGCAUAGAACUAUAUGAGGAACUCAGCACUCUGAUAUCAUCUACCCCAUCCAACUUCUCCAGUGUGUACAGACUUCAGUCAGAUUCUAAGAACAUUGUUGACAUUGUUGAAGAUGUGAUGAAGAGAAAUCUGACCUCCCUGCUGCAGUCAAAACACAGAACAGAACUUUAUGUACAAAGCCCAACAAACAGUGCGUGGGUAUCACUGCACAAGGUGUCCCCAGAUAUGGAAACACAAGAAGCAGUACAAUACACAGCCAACGUCACAUUCCUGAGCUGCAAUGGUAAGACUGACCCGCUACACUUUGACAUCAUGGCUGCCGGCGUGCCCCACUCUCUGCGUGUUACAGUGGAACCAAUAUGCCAGUGUGCUUGUGAUGAUAUAGAACCAAUGCCGUCCCAUCCAUCCUGCAGUGGACAUGGCAGCCUGAAUGGCUGCGGAGGCUGCAGUUGUGAUCCAGACCGAUAUGGUGCAAAGUGUGAAUGUGACGCCUUAGCUGUCAACGACCCCCUAGUCUGCAGGAGGACAGAAAAUGAGCCUGACCAGAUCCAGCGAAGAAAUACAGUGGACAGUUUUGUGAAUGUAACGACUUUGGUUGUUAUUACGCUGACGGAAAAAUAUGUGGAGGACCAGACCUGUCCAGGGAUGUGUGAGCGGCUGCGUCUCUGUGGGGACUGCAUAGCAAGGGAGUCGUCAAACUGCAGUGCUGAGUGUGGGGAUACAAAAAUCACAACAGUUGAUGAGCUCAGUGAUGGUUAUUCUGAUGGUGUGGAAUGGAAACUCUGCAGGUUUAAGUACUUUGGAAAUGACAGACUGGAGAGAUUAUUUGUAUUUGCCUAUGGCUACGAAGGAAACCAGGUGGUGCUACAAUACAGCUCCAGAUCUUUAAGUCCGUCACAGAUCCCAGGAGCCCCAGGGUCGCUUAAGCUGCAGGCUGUGUCCAACACCAUCCUCCUGACCUGGACGGCCCCGUCAGCACCUGAGACAGAGGUGGAUGGGUACCAGAUAGGGUACGGUCCCGGCACUCCUGAUGAGGAGUUUGUACGAGUUGGUGGGGAUGUAAGGACACAUGUCUUAAAGGACCUUGAACCAGAUACCCAGUACAUUUUAAGUCUUCGAGCUUUCAAUAGAAUGGGACAAGGGAGACCCAUCUAUGAAGUUACCAACACACUGUCUAGAGCCUCCCCUAAUACAGAUGCUCCACUACUGACACCUGUUGGGCUGAAGACACAAGUUCUGGGACCCAACACAAUUCUGGUGUCCUGGACAGACCCCAACUUGAGUGAAAACCAGCUUGUAGAGAACAGAUACUACACAGUAAGGUGGAUGGCUGUAGGCUCACCUGAUAGGAAGACAUCUUACAUCAACACCAACAAUCUGGAGUACAGUGUAACAAACCUCAGGCCGUACACCAAGUACGAGUUCUCUGUCAAAAUCAUGGAGGGCAAGAGACUGAGUCCAUAUAGCGUUACAGUCGUCAACAGCACCUCACAACAGGGUGUUCCCCCAGAGCCUAUACCUGCAGCACAGGUACCAGGCACUCCUGCCUCCCUGCGUCUACAGCCUGGGCCCGACUCUAUCAGACUCAUGUGGGCCCCACCAGCCGGCCCUGACUCUCAGCUGCAGGGAUAUGUGAUUGGAUACGGGCAGGGAGUAGCUGACGUGGAGAGAGUACAAGUUGGUCCUUACGUCACGACAUAUGUUCUAAGAAAUCUUGAGCCAGACUCUCAGUAUGUUGUGAGUCUGCGUGCAUUCAACAGGAUUGGGGAUGGAGAACCUGUCUAUGUAACAGCCAGCACAUCGCUGACAGGUCCAUUGAUGCCUCCUGUUGAGGUGAAGGCUGUAGUCCUAAGUCCCAACACAAUCCUGGUGUUCUGGACAGACCCUACUGUUGGAGAAAGUCAGGCAGGAAUGCAGCGAUUCUACACAAUAAGAUGGAUGUCCUUUGGUGCUCCAGAUAGGACGACUGUCUAUGUAAACACCACCAGUACAGAGUACAGUGUGUCUGGUCUCAAACCUUACACUCAGUACGAGUUUUCAGUGAAAGUUGUAGAAGGCAGAAGAGAAAGUCCUUACAGCCUCUCAGUAGUCAACAGGACUUCACAAGCCAACCCAGGUACUCCACCCCAGGACAUCACUGUACAAGGAGUGGAGGAAAACCCAACUCAGGUCAUCAUAACCUGGCUUCCCCCUGAAGAGCCCAAUGGCAUGAUUACUGGUUAUGUAGUCCUGUACACCACUGAUCUGAGGAAGCCUACAUCAGAGUGGGGAGUACGGCAGCUAUCUGAUGGCAACAAGCUGCAGUUCAAGGUUACUGACCUGGAGCCUGGAACCAGAUACUACUUCAGCGUUCAGGCCAGGAACUCUGUAGGAUACUCACCAAAGUCAGCAACUGUGGAAUUCCAGACUAUAGAUGAUGAGAAGGCUGCUGAAGAAGCUUCCUGUCGUCAGACAAAGACCAGCCCCCUGUGCUCGGGCCACGGUGACUGUGUCGCCGGCUUCUGCCAGUGUCACGCCCACGCUGCCCACCCUGACUCCAGGUACUAUGGGAAGUACUGCGAGUGUAACAAUCUGGGCUGCCCUUACAGUCGUGGGCUCAGGUGUGGUGGUCAUGGUUACUGUGACUGUCGGUUGGAAGAGGGAGGAAACAGCUCCUGUGUGUGUGAAGCUGGCUGGACUGGUCCUGACUGUGACUGUUCAAUGGAUCCAGGUCCUUGUCGUACAAACAAUGGGGGUUUAUGUAAUAACCACGGUGUGUGUUCAUGUGGAGUGUGUCAGUGUGAGGAGCCCUACACAGGACCUACUUGUGAAGACUGCCCGACGUGCCAAGGCAGCUGUACUCAGCUGCGAGCCUGUGCAGAGUGUGUGGCUAACAACCAUGUGGACUGUGACGCUGACUGUCGCAGCACCAGUGUGUCUUACAUGGACGACCUUCCCCAGGGACCCCUUCCUGCAGGAAAAUGGAAGCUGUGUGAGUUUGUGGACCCUGAAAAGAACCUUCCCUUUGUCUUCUCAUAUGACCCCGACUCAGACCGCAUUGUCUUACACUCCAGACCAACUGAAGUUAUGCCCAGUUCCACAACACCAAAGUCAAUCACCACCACCAGCCCAGAGCCUGACCAGCAGUCUACCACAGCAACAGGAGGAGAUGGAACACCAGCCACCAGGACACGUCCACGAACCACCCCGCGGCCAUCCCGGAUCUCCCGCCUCCUGCCAUGCUGUGUUCUGUCUGCUAACGAGAGGUGUCAGGACAAGUGUGGACGAGUCCUGCUCACUGCCACCAACAACCAGCAGAUCCUGAGAAGCCUGAUCUCUGCCUGUGGCAUCCCCAGUGUGACCGACCCUCUGUGGAACUGUUUCCUACAGGCCAACUCUGCAGACAGAGAGGUGGUACCACCACCUACACCACAGCCAUUACCAGAGAGAAAAACAAGGUUAUAUCCUGCCUCCACCAGCACCACACAGCCUACAACAACAAUUAGAGAGGAGGAUGCAGACACAACAGUUCCUCCCACAACAACAUUGCUUCCCACUACAACAACAGCACCACCUACUACAACAGUUCCUACAACCAUUCCUACAACAGUUGCUACAACAACAGAAGUGAAGAUACCAGAGAGGAACUGUGAAGAUGAAAUUUGCCCAGUUACGUGGUGUUCCUACCCCUACAGGCCUCCGGGCACAUGCUGUCCUAUAUGUGAAGAUUGUGACUAUGAAGGAAAGUUUGUGGAGAAUGGAGAUAUCUUUGUGCUGGAGGAGGAUGUCUGCACCAUCUGUUUAUGUGCACUUGGCUGGGUUGACUGCAGCCCUGCCUUCUGUCAAGAGUUGUCCUGUAACAAAACUAUCGUGCCUCCUGGAAAGUGCUGUCCUGUAUGUGAAGAUGACUAUAUUCUACUAGGAGGACUACCAGACUAUUCACCAACAUCAGAGAUUGACAUCUAUGGGGAAGAGUUUGACAACUGCCGUCCCAUCUACGGCCCGAUCUGCUCCGGCCAUGGGACGUGCGUCAACGGGGCAUGCCAGUGUGACUCCUUCCCAGAAGAACCUGAGAAGUUGUACUACGGGCCACACUGUGAGUGCAACAACUUUGACUGUGACAGCCACGAGGGACAGAUAUGUGGUGGCCAUGGGCAGUGUGAGUGCAGCUCCUGCCUGUGUGACGUGGGGUGGGAGGGGUCAGCCUGCAACUGUUCUGUAGCCGUGGAGCCCUGUACUGCACUGAACGGGCAACUGUGCAACCGCCACGGGGUGUGCGAGUGUGGUGCCUGUCAAUGUGAGGAUGGAUACACAGGACCCACAUGUGAAGACUGCACGGACUGCCCGGAGCUACAGUGUGAAGACUUUGAGACCUGUGUGGACUGCAUGUACUGGGAGCUAACAAGUGGCUGCACUGAGGACUGCAACAACUUUGAGAGCCCAGUUAUCAUGGUGGACAAAUUGAACAUCACUGAAGAACUGAAGGCAGGAAGAAAACAGUGCCAGUACAUUGCAGAGGACCUGCUGGAUGAAUGCUAUGCAAACUACACUUAUGGAUACAACGAAGAAGGAAUUAUAGACAUACACAUCCCAUCAGCCGUAACAUGUGACUAUCCAGACUAUAGUAACUAUGACUGGGACUUUGAUGAAGAGGAUUUACCUGAUUUUGAGUACAAGUGAGAGGAAAUUCACAGUGACUGAACAUAUAGCCCACACAAUAACUCAAUCAUCCUGCAUGUCUUUUUCUACAUCAACAUUAUAAUUGUGAAAAAUAAGUUCAUAAUUGUUUAAUCUUCCAAAGUAUUUUCCUUGCCAUACUUCAUUUUAUGUAUGUCAAGCAUUAUGAUUUUAUUUUGAAUCAAUCGAUUGAUGGUGGUAGAAAAAUAUUAAUUUGCUCAUUGCCAUCAAGUAUAUUUAUAGGUAAGCAAUUUAUUAGUUUAACUGUGGGGAAAUGAAAGUAUGUUGCACACCACCUUUUCUUGGUGGUGUUGUUGUCUUAGCUGUAAUUUCAGAAAAAAAAAGUAUAGUAUAUAAUGUAUGAUGUUGCUUACACAGUAGCAAUUUUAAUUGCGAAGAUUGAUUUAUUCCAAUCAGCAAUCAAUGUAUGAUGAAUUUGGUUCAAUGUAUUUAAGCUAUAGGUACUUGUAAAUUCCAUUCAGUGAUAAAUUGUAGAGAUUUUAUAGUCAAUGGUAAGCAACUUAUCCCCAAAAUUAGAAGAAAAAAAAGAUUCAUGGGACACAGGGCUUAGACCAU